AAUAUUACGUGAAUGAUGCCGGCGGCUCUGGAUGGGAAGAUGAGGGUGGAGGGGGCCAACGCCUUCCUCCACCUCCUGGGACGAGAUUUCAAGUCUUCGUCCUAUAUAAGUCCGACUUACCUUUCAUACUCCAGUUCUAUCGGAACAAUGUUUAAGGCCCUGGUUGUCGCUAGCUGUCUGGCAUCCGUGCUAGCGUUUCCGCAGCACCAGAACCAAAACUUCCAACAACUACAACGGCAACAGCAGCCGCCCCAGCAGCAACAGCAGCAGCAGCAGCAGCAGCAACAGAACCUAAGAGCGGCCACGCCUCCAGUUCCAAUCGUCUCAUUGGACAACAGUGUUAACCAUGAUGGAUCCUACACAUACAGUUUCGAGGGUGGAGACGGUACCAGAGCUGAACAGAGCGGUCAGCUGAAGACUAUCGGCCAGGAAGCCGGUGAGGUCUCUCGAGGAUCCUACUCCUAUGUGGGAGACGACGGCAAAACUUACUCGGUUUCGUACACCGCGGACGAAACGGGAUACCAUCCAGUCGGUGACCACCUCCCGCAGCCACCACCGAUCCCAGAGGCGAUCCUGAGGAGCCUGGAGUAUCUGGCGACCGCACCACCGCCCAAGGAGGAAAACAACUAGUCUUUCUGUGACUUGACGACGUAUCUCUGUUCUUUAUUUAUUUUUUUUAUCUACAUUGAAACUCGGCUUAGUAAGGUGGAUUUUAUGAAACGUUUUCAAAAUUAUUUUGCACCAAUCACCGGUGGGUACCAGAAAACAUGAAACUUGUGAUAAAUUAAUUUUAGUUGGUUUAAUAAUGCAAUGGCUGCGGUGAAACUGUAUUACUGUCCUCGAUUAAAAAAAAAUUAUAUAUAUUAUAUAGUAAAAGAAACGUCCAGCUCUACUAAUGUUAAUUGCAGACUCAACAAUAAAAAGGCAAAGAAAAAAAAACUUUCUUGGAUAUCAUGAUAAUUUGAGCCUGCACCUUAAUUUAAGAUUUAUAUCAAACGAAAAAUAAAACCCGUAAUAAACUA